AUGGGCGCGGCGGUGAAGGAUUCGUCGUCGAAGAAAACGUCCGGGAAAUCGCGACGCUCGGACGUCGGCGGCGAUACCGACGCCAUGGGGUGUCUCACGAGAGACCCGUCCAAGGUGACGUCGCCGAUCGGGACGCUGGAGGAUAAGUUUGAGCUCCUGCCGGCGUUCUUAAAGGUCAGAGGGCUGGUGCGGCAGCACAUCGACUCGUUCAACUACCUGGUGAACGAGGAGAUAAAAAAGAUCGUGCGGGCGAAGGCGAACGAACGGGUGACGUGCGAUAGCGAUCCGAACUUUUAUCUCAAGUAUACGAACAUUCACGUCGGACGGCCGAGCGUGGAGGAGGAUUACGUCGUGGAGGAGAUCACGCCGCAGCAGUGUCGUCUGCGGGACAUGACGUACGCGGCGCCGAUCACGGUGGACGUGGAGUACACGAGGGGGAAGGAGAUUGUGACAAGACAACAGAAGAACGGGGUCGGUGGAAUCGUGAUUGGGAGGAUUCCAUUGAUGCUUCGAAGCUCUCGAUGCGUUUUGACGGGGAAGAAUGAGGAGGAGUUGGCUCGAUUGGGAGAAUGUCCGCUAGAUCCAGGCGGAUACUUCAUCGUCAAGGGCGUAGAGAAGGUGAUUUUGAUCCAGGAACAGUUGAGCAAGAAUAGAAUUAUCAUAGAUGUUGACAACAAGGGCGAGAUCGGAGCUUCCGUCACGUCGUCGACGCACGAGCGGAAGAGUAAGACGAACAUCGUGGUGAAACACGGUAAGUUGUACCUCAGGCACAAUACAUUCGCCGAUGAUAUUUCAAUCAUGAUUGUCCUCAAGGCGAUGGGCAUGGAGAGCGACCAAGAGGCGGUGCACAUGAUCGGCUCAGAUCCCACUUACGCGAUGCUUCUCGCGCCGACGUUACAGGAGUGCCACGCCAGCGGGAUUUUCACCAUGCAACAGGCUUUGGAGUACUGCGCCUCAAAGGUGCGCGUGGUGAAAAUGCAAUCGCCUCGCACUCAAAUCGGAGGAGCGCGAACUUACGGCCGUUCUCGAAUCGACGAGGCGCGUGAUAUUCUUGCGGGCGUCGUUCUUGCCCACGUGCCCGUGGUCGCUUACGAUUUCAGGCAAAAGUGCGCGUACAUUUCCAUCAUGGUUCGACGGAUUCUCAACGCGUUGCUCGAUCCCACGCAAGUGGACGACAAGGACUACUACGGUAACAAGCGCCUCGAGCUCGCCGGUCAGCUCAUCGCGCUUCUAUUUGAAGAUUGUUUCAAGAGAUUGAACGCCGAUUUGAAGCGUCAAGCGGACGCUGUGUUGUCCAAGGCGAAUCGAGCGACGCAGUUUGACAUUCUCAAAUGCAUUAGACAGGAUACCCUGAGCAACGGCUUAGAACACGCAAUUUCGAGCGGAAACUGGACGGUUAAACGUUUCAGAAUGGAACGUAAGGGUGUCACGCAAGUGCUGAGUCGAUUGAGCUUCAUCAGCGCUUUGGGUAUGAUGACUCGCAUCACGUCUCAGUUCGAGAAGACCCGAAAGGUAUCUGGUCCGCGCGCUUUGCAGCCGAGUCAAUGGGGAAUGCUGUGCCCGAGCGAUACACCGGAAGGGGAGUCGUGCGGCCUGGUGAAAAACUUAGCGUUGAUGACGCACGUCACUACGGACGACGAAGAAGAGCCGCUCCGUCGUCUAGCGCACGCUCUCGGCGUGGAACCAUUGACGUGGCUGAACGCUGGGGAGAUGCACUCGCCGCAAGGAGCGCACGUGUUGAUGAAUGGUUCGCUGCUCGGUGUGCACGCUCAGCCUGAGGCGUUUGCUCAUGCCUUUAGAAAACUCCGUCGCGCGGGUCGAGUUGGAGAAUUCGUUUCCGUGUACGCCGCAGAUGGAUGCGUUUACAUUUCGUCCGACGGCGGUCGCGUGUGUAGGCCGCUCAUCAUCAUAGAGCGUGGCGAGCCACUUCUCACGCAGGAGCACCUUGAAGAGCUUAAGGAUGGACACCGCACGUUCACAGACUUUUUGCGCGAGGGCUUAGUAGAGUAUUUGGAUGUCAACGAGGAGAAUGACUCUUACAUUGCAUUGUACGAGGAUGAGAUGAAUGAAGAAACAACGCACUUGGAAAUCGAGCCGUUCACCCUGCUCGGCGUCUGCGCAGGCAUCAUCCCGUACCCACAUCACAAUCAGUCGCCGAGAAACACUUACCAGUGUGCCAUGGGUAAACAGGCGAUGGGAAAUAUCGCGUUCAAUCAGUUGAACCGCAUGGACACUCUCAUGUACUUGCUGGUGUACCCGCAAAAACCGAUCGUCAAGACGAAGACCAUCGAGUUGAUUGGUUACGAUCGCCUGGGCGCGGGGCAAAAUGCGACGAUCGCCGUGAUGUCAUAUAGCGGUUACGACAUCGAAGACGCCAUCGUAAUGAACCGCGCCUCUCUCGACAGAGGUUUCGGUCGGUGCACCGUGUUACGCAAGUACUCGACGCAAGUGAAAAAGUAUAGCAAUAGAACGAUGGAUCGAAUUAUCGGACCAAAGGAAGACCAACGAGCGAACGAGAACGGUCGAUAUCACUUACUGGAUGGAGACGGCAUCGCCGCAGUGGGAGGUCGUAUCAAGCCCGGGGACAUUUACGUCAAUAAGCAGAGUCCUAUAAACACGCGUGAUCCAAUGGCGAACCCGCACGGUAUGCCAGACACGAUGUACAGGUCAAAUCCGCUGUCUUACAAAGGUCCUCCGGGCGAGACCGCGAUCGUGGAUAAGGUGCUACUGACGAUGACGGAUGAGGGUCAGUUUAACAUCAAGACGCUCGUGCGUCAAACUCGCCGGCCGGAGGUAGGAGACAAGUUCUCAUCUCGCCAUGGUCAAAAGGGCGUGUGCGGCGUCAUUCUUGAUCAAGAGGAUUUCCCUUUCAGCGAGCGCGGAAUAACGCCCGAUCUCAUCAUGAACCCGCAUGGUUUCCCGUCACGGAUGACUGUAGGUAAAAUGAUUGAGCUACUCGGCGGUAAGGCUGGACUGGAGAACGGGCGCUUCCACGACGGUACGGCGUUUGCCGGAGACUCGGUCGAGGCCAUCCAACAAACCUUGGUCGAAGCCGGUUUCUCACACAAGGGAAAAGAUAUGCUCCACUGCGGUAUUACUGGCGAAGCCUUGGAAGUCAAUGUCUUCAUGGGUCCGGUGUACUACCAAAAGCUCAAACACAUGGUGCAGGACAAGAUGCACGCGCGCGCGCGAGGUCCGCGCGUCGUUCUCACGCGCCAGCCCACGGAGGGUCGAGCGCGAGACGGCGGCUUGCGUCUCGGUGAGAUGGAACGAGAUUGCCUGAUCGGUUACGGUGCCUCUCAGCUAAUCCUCGAGCGAUUGAUGAUCAGCUCGGAUCAGUUCGAGGCCCAGGUGUGCACCAAGUGCGGUUUGCUCGGAUUCCAGCAUCACAUCACUGGCAAGAACGCGUGCACGUUGUGCAAAACCGAGGCUGAGGUCGCCACGCUCAAGCUCCCGUACGCCGCCAAGCUCUUGUUCCAAGAGCUUCAGAGCUGCAACAUCGCACCCAGGAUUAACCUCGCCGAGGCGUAG